AUGGAUAUAGAUAAAGGAAGUGACACAGGUCCAAGGGUGACUAUAAGACAUACGGAUAAAGACCAUGUUGAUUUUAUAUUGAAGGAUGUUGAUUUAUCGAUGGCUAACUCUAUGAGAAGAACUAUGUUGGCAGAAGUGCCUACAUUAGCUAUAGACCUCGUUGAAAUCGAGGUGAAUACGUCAGUGUUAGCAGAUGAGUUUAUUUCGCAUAGAUUGGGGUUAAUACCUUUGAAUAGUGAAGGUAUUGAUAACUUGUCAUAUUCGAGAGAUUGUACUUGUGAUCAGUACUGUGCUAACUGCUCGGUCAAGUUAGAAUUAACUGCUAAGUGUGAUACAGAUUCUACUAUGAGUGUGUACUCAUCUGACUUGGCUAAGUUUCAUAAUGGUUCGAAAUUAGGAGACCCGGUGAUUCGUGAUAGUCAUCGUAAAGGACCACUUAUUUGUAAAUUAAGAAAGCAUCAGGAAUUAAGAAUAACUUGUAUUGCUAAAAAGGGUAUUGCAAAGGAACAUGCCAAAUGGUCCCCUUGUGCUGCUAUAGGGUUCGAAUACGAUCCAUGGAACAAGUUGAAACACACAGACUAUUGGUACGAAGAUGACGUUGAAGAAGAAUGGCCAAAAUCAGCUAACUGCGAUUGGGAAGAAGCACCAGAUACAGAUGCUCCAUUUGACUAUAGGGCAAAACCAUCCACUUUUUAUGUGGAUGUUGAGACCGUUGGUAAUUUGCCUCCUAACGAAGUUAUUUUAAAGGGUAUUGAGACUUUACAAUUGAAACUUGCAGGUAUUUCGAUGGAAUUAAACAAAGACAGCAUAGAAGCAAGUAAUGCUGCAGCUGGAGGAUUUACUACAUAUGGUAGGUCACCUGGAGGAAAUUCUCCAGGAAUGGGCAACUCUCCUUAUGGUGGUGACAGCGGUUUUGGUAAUUCUACGUGGGGUUAA